GGAAAUUAAAAUGGCUGGUUUACUUGUUUUAGCUUGUAUGUUUGAUUAGUCUCGAGGAGAGGGGUUGAGAUGUACGCUCAAUUAUUUUGCGAGUAGAUUGCCAAAUUGAGUUAAUUUAAACUGAAUGGAGGUGGUCUCAUAAUCUAUGAGAAAGAUACAGUUGGUAAUUCGGCUGUGUGCACCAGUUAGUUGAAGUUUUUUGUGCGCGAUCAUUUUUUAUGUGUCCCCCACCCUACCUGAAGUUACUCUUUAAUCUUUGCAGGAGCACUGAACUCGAUUUGCAACAGUUACAGGCAUAUUAUUGGCUUAAGAUCCACCUUUUUUUGCAGCACAGUCUUUCUUUAGCAGUUAUGUCCAGUUUAAAACAAGAAAAUGGCCAAGUCGCUGAAAUUUUAAGAUAAAUACUUUCUAACCUUCCUCUCCUUAUGAAAGGUUGCUAGAUGUAAAAAUGUUUCCUUGUCAUAACACACGUUCAAGAAAAAAAAUAAAUGGUUCAGUUGCUGUGAACUGCCACUCUCCCAUCCCCAAGGCUGCUAAAAUUAAGAGUCGAAAGGAAAGAAACAAGGGAAUACCAAUUUUGCCAUAUAUUGGAGAGGAGUCUGCUGACGUAGACUCUAAUGUAAAAAGAGGAAAUGGGGGAAGAUCUCGAUCAGCCUCGUCUGUCAGGAAGCAGAAGAGCCUUGCAUCUAGUUCAGAGACUGAUGUAGCAACGAAGUCUGUUGCUCAACUCAAACAUGAAGAAGAUACAAGACACGAAGUGUCGUAUGCAAAAAAGUUCAUGUACAGAGUCACAAGAAGCAAAACCUCCCUAGAAAGCAGUGCCAGUACAUCAGGAAUUACCCUAUCUAGUUCUUCAUUGAUUUGCUCUGAUUUGGAUGCAUUUGCUUAUUAUUCAUCAAGCAGUAGCACAUUGGAUACUUGCCUGUCACCAGAAAUUUUCAGAGGAUCCGAAAGCUUGGGUGGGUCACAGCAGUUCAAUCUGAUGGUAGUGAGCAGAAAAAAUUCUACUCUUCUGGAUGUUAGUACAGCGAAGGACUUGCAUAUGGUACCGUCUCCAGUAAACCUGUCCGGUAUUGGAGAUUGGACUUUGGAAAACAAGAAUAAACAAGAUGCCUUGAGUGAACCGGUCUUUAAAAGGCAAAGAAGUUCUUUGGUUCCCAAGGCUGCUUCAGUGUCUGUUGCAGGUACAACACUGCAUAAAAUAGUACAUAUUCAGGAGAAAACUCCUCAACAAGAGCUGAGUGUUGACUUGUCUAGAAAAAAAGGACCAGAAAAGAAAAAGAUAACUGGAAAGACCUCUUCAGAUAUUAAAUGCCGAAAGAGAGUUAAUUUCAGUGACCCUUUAGACACUGAAACUCAGUCAGAGAGUACAGCUCCCAGAGUCCACUUUGCAGCUGGUGUCCUAAACUCCUCUGUUAAAGUAGCAUCAUUCAGUCACUGCAAUGCAACGAUUGCUGGAAAGACCUCCUCAGAUAUUAAAUGCCGAAAGAGAGUUAAUUUCAGUGAACCUUCAGACACUGAACAUCGGUCAGAGAGUACACCUCCCAGAGUCCACUUUGCAGCUGGUGUCCUAAACUCCUCUGUUAAAGUAGCAUCAUUCAGUCACUGCAAUGCAACGAUUGCUGGAAAGACCUCCUCAGAUAUUAAAUGCAGAAAGAGAGUUAAUUUCAGUGACCCUUCAGACACUGAACAUCAGUCAGAGAGUACACCUCCCAGAGUCCACUUUGCAGCUGGUGUCAUAAACUCCUCUGUUAAAGUAGCAUCAUUCAGUCACUGCAAUGCAACGGUAGCUGGAAAGACCACCUCAGAUAUUAAAUGCCGAAAGAGAGUUAAUUUCAUUGAUCCUUCAGACACUGAACGCCAGUCACAGAGUACAACUCCCAGAGUCCACUUUGCAGCUGGUGUCCUAAACUCAUCUGUUAAAGUAGCAUCAUUCAGUCACUGCAAUGCAACGACUGUAACUGAUACAGAUGUUUUGCAGACAGUAAGUGAUGCAAAACCGAAUAUCUGUAAAAACUGGAAUGUGAAAACAAGCACACCUUUUCGGACAUGGGAACAUUUAAUGCCUGAUGUAUCACCAGUGUGCACUCUAACCCCAGAAGAGGAGUUGGUUCCUAAUAUAACUGGUGUAUAUGUAAACUCUGAGGAAAUUAUUCCUGCAUCUGUUGUGGAAGAAAAUGAGAAUACAGAUCUUUGUCAGGUAAAUAAAAAUGUUUGA